UUUAUAUCUACUUUCAUUUAUCCGUAGUGUAAAUAAUAAAUGUGUCCGUCCAUCAGACGUCGGGGCAGUCAGAGGCUGUGAUUGGUGAAUGAACGGAGGCUCGAACUCUGCGUCAUUCGUUCCUGUCGGUCCAGUUCGUUGAGCGAAGCCUCAGUCUGAUCUCAGAAAGCACCGAAACUGGCUCCCACCGGCCCAACCCCAGCCUCCACCCUGAAGCCUCGCAGACGUAGCCGACCUCACCUGGUUGGUGCGAGAGGCCGCAAGGCCCGAAAUGGUGUAAUGGGACAGCGCUUUGCGACGUAUCACGUUACCUUGACGACGCCAAAACACAUACAAUUGUGUGUUUGGGACUUUUUAUUUUACGGUUUUUUACUUUCUUCGCGGCGACCGCGUGAUUUGAACGUGUCCCAGGCUGCUGCCUCACAGAGCGGACGAGCGAUCAAUAAUCAAUGUCAUAAUCAAUUCACUCGAUUUAACAGAACAGCAUCAGACGCGUGCAUGCAAACGGCUUUCUGCUUGUAGUUGGAUGAUCAGAACUAUCUUUUUUCCACGCAUUUCCAAAUAAUGUUGGGAAUAAAGAAACCGCACAUUAGGCUGUUGGUGCUGACGCUGCUCCUGAACUCAGUUGACUUCACUGCUGUUUGAUAUCAACAGUAAUAUGACGCUUUGUAGUCAGCGGUCAGUCGGAUCCAUGGCCGCUGGAAGUAGUGGGGGCCGGGGGGCCUCUGACCCCCCCACAGUAUUCUGAAGUCACGAAUCACUGAACCCCCUCAAAUGCCCCAAUACUGCAACGCUUACGGUAAAAAGACGUUUCGCUCAUUCCCGUCAACUCUAAGACGUUAGGUAACAUAAAAUCGCGUUUGAAUCCAAUCAGAGUGAAUGCAGAGUGAGUCUAGGCCCCUCGCUGUCCGCCAUUGUUAUUUCCUUGCAAACUCGAAGUUUUGGAAGCGAGCAAAUCACGGCAGUUUCUCUGUUGGCUACCAGAACCAACACAAAAGUCUUCAUCUAGUCCCUCCGCCCGAGGAAGCGAAGACCUAGUGGAUUAACUUUGUUUUUGAUGGAAAUGUCCCCACAACAACAGUAAAACUCUUAAAUGUGCGGUCGAGGUGGAGAGGCAUGUCCGUGCGGGUCUCUAAAUCGGAGAAAAUAAUUUGUUCGGGUGGAUGAUGAAUGUGUAGGCUGCACGUGGAUUCAGAUGCUGUCAGAGCAGAUCCGCAUCACCAGAAGCUACAGACGCUGAAGCAGUGUCUGAUUAAUACUGAGGGACAGCCAAGAGAAACUGUGAACGUAAAACCUCGUUCAAAGCCAAAAACCAGAGCAGCUGGUUGGAUGUGGGAAACUGUUUUUUCAUGUUGCUUCUUGUGGAACUGGAUCCUGCAACAAAAGCUCCGGUGGCUCCUUGUUCUUGUGAAAAUCCUCGUGAACUGGUACUCGUUCGUUUGAAGUCUCGGGUCUCUUUACGGACCCGCUGCACGCCCUCGGUCUGACCAGAGGUCUUUGUUCGUUUAUUAAACUAGUUUUUUAAUUUUUGGUUUACCGAUGAUGUCAUUGUGUUUAAUAUCGGUCCACAGUCUCCACAUUACCGGUUCAUGACCCCCACAGGGUGAACCCACAUGUUCCAGUGACCUCUGACCCUCCUGGAGCCACCUUCAGGACAGAAGGGACGCUACUCAAGACGAAUGUGGACCGGGGAUCUGUAUUUAUCAAGAGUCUGAUGGAGUCGUGGCGUUUCAAUAUAUAAAAAUAUAUAAAUGAGUAUAUAUUUAUAUCUUCAUGUUCUUUAUGAUGUCGUCCGUCCGACUGUCUGUCUGUCUGUGUCCUGCUGAAACGCCAUUUAAAACCUGCUUCAUCAGACGCCUAACAAACCGGUCUGAGACUAAAACUACGUUUUUUAUCAUCGUAAACAUUUUUCUAAAUAUGUUUGAAAUGUGAAAUUUUAGUUUUUCUAAUUCUGUUCAUAUAAAUGCGUUUUUCUUCUCUUCCAUGAACACAUGUAGAAACAGCAAGGACUCCAUGUCCCAGAGUGCCCUGCGGCUCGGUGUUGCAGGGUGGACCUGAGAGGGGGGAGUGUUCAGUCGCUCAGCAUCCUGAUGGAGCGACGGUGACCGGACUCAAACCUCCAGCAUCACCGGAGAUCCGCUUCAUUUAAGGCGAACGGUUUCCGGUCUUAUGUGUGUCUGAACCGCUGCCGUCUGGCCGGUGUGUCUGCUGAUUUGUCGGUAGUGUUCUUGUCUCCGUGUUUACCGGACAGUGUCGGUGAUGGUGGACGCGGUGGAGUGCGGGCUGUGCGGGGUGAAGGUGAUGUGUCGCUUCAGGCCGCUGAACGACGCGGAGCGGAGCCGCGGAGACAAAUACAUCCCGAAAUUUAACGGCGAGGACACGGUGGUGGUGGCGGGGAAGCCAUAUGUGUUUGACAGAGUCCUCCCUCCAAACACUGAACAGGUUCAGGUGUACGACACCUGUGCCAGACAGAUAGUUAAAGAUGUGUUGGGAGGAUAUAAUGGGACCAUCUUUGCUUACGGUCAGACGUCAUCCGGAAAGACUCACACCAUGGAGGGGAACCUGCACGAUCCUCGUCUGAUGGGAAUCAUUCCUCGUAUUGCCAGAGACAUCUUCGACCACAUCUACUCCAUGGACGAGAACCUGGAGUUUCACAUCAAGGUUUCUUAUUUUGAAAUCUAUCUGGAUAAAAUCAGAGACUUGCUCGAUGUGUCAAAGACAAACCUGGCUGUUCAUGAGGACAAAAACAGGGUUCCUUUUGUGAAGGGCUGCACGGAGCGUUUUGUUUCCAGUCCCGACGAGGUGAUGGACGUCAUCGACGAGGGAAAAGCAAACAGACACGUCGCCGUCACCAACAUGAACGAGCACAGCUCUCGCAGUCACAGUAUUUUUCUGAUCAACAUCAAGCAGGAGAACGUGGAGACGGAGAUGAAACUGUCGGGGAAACUUUACCUGGUCGACCUGGCAGGCAGCGAGAAGGUGAGUAAAACGGGAGCAGAAGGCUCCGUGUUGGAUGAGGCCAAGAACAUCAACAAGUCUCUGUCUGCUCUCGGCAACGUCAUCGCUGCUCUGAGUGAAGGAACGAAAACCCACGUCCCAUACAGAGACAGUAAGAUGACUCGAAUCCUACAGGACUCUCUGGGAGGAAACUGUCGAACCACCAUCGUCAUCUGCUGCUCUCCAUCUGUUUACAAUGAGGCUGAAACCAAGUCCACCCUCAUGUUCGGACAGAGAGCUAAAACCAUAAAGAACACAGUGUCUAUGAACCUGGAGCUGACCGCUGAGGAGUGGAAGAAGAAGUAUGAGAAGGAGAAAGAGAAGAGCAGGAGUCUGAACAUCAUGAUACAGAAACUGGAGAAUGAGCUGAAACGCUGGAGGAAAGGUGAGUCUGUGCCUGUGGAGGAGCAGCUGAGCAGCAGAAACAAGAAAAGCAGCAGCACUGAAACAACAGCAGUGAUUGACAGCUUGGCCACGCCCACUGUCCCUCUGUUAGACGAAGAGAAGACACAGUACGAAACGCUCAUCACCGACCUGUACCAUCAGCUGGACGACAAGGAUGAUGAGAUCAACCACCACAGUCAAACAGCUGAGAAACUCAAACAGCAGCUGAUCGAUCAGGACGAGCUGUUGGCAUUGAGCCGUCAGGAUUACGAGCGUCUACAAGAGGAGCUGUCGCGGCUGCAGAGGGACAGUGACUCAGCCAAAGAGGAGGUGAAGGAGGUGCUGCAGGCGCUGGAGGAGCUUGCCGUCAACUAUGACCACAAGAGCCAAGAGGUGGAAAACAAGAACCGCUGCAAUGAACAGCUGAACGAGGAGCUCGCACACAAAACUGUGAGUCUGGAGGCGGUUCAGAGGGAGUUGUCCACCCUGCAGGAGGUCAGUUCUCAUCAUAAGAAAAGGUCAGCAGAGAUCCUCAGUCUGCUGAUCAGAGACCUCAGUGACAUCGGCAGCGUCCUCGGUACCACCGACCUCAAAGCUAUGACGGAGAUGAGCGGAGUGAUGGAGGAGGAGUUCACCACAGCUCGUCUCUACAUCAGUAAAAUGAAGUCUGAGGUCAAAUCUCUGGUGAACCGCAGCAAACAGCUGGAGGUCAACCUGACAGAGAACAUCUGCAGGAUGGAGGCCAACGAGAAGGAGCUCAACACCUGUCAGCUUCUCGUCUCACAGCUCCAGGCGAAGAUUGUGUCUCUGACAGACGACCUGCAGAAGUUGGAGCAGAAGAAGAGGAAGCUGGAGGAGAGUCAGGACGCUCUGAUGGAGGAGGUCGCCAAACUCCAUGCUCAAGGUCAAAUGCACGAGGUGACGGUAAUGGACAAAGAGAAAGAACACAUGAGCAGACUGAAGGAUGCUGUUGAGAUGAAGAGAACUCUGGAGGAACAGAUGGAGAACCACAGAGAGGUUCAUCACAAACAGCUGAGUCGCCUCCGAGACGAGAUCGAGCAAAAGCAGAGAGACGUUGACCAAUUCAAAGAUGUGAAUCGGGCUCUGCAGCUGGAGAACAGGAAGCUUCAGUCUGACCUUGACAAACUGAGAGCUGAGGAUCAGAACAAAGACCAGAAACUCCAGAAACUGCUGUUCCUGAAUGAGAAGAGAGAACAAGCCAAAGAGGACCUGAAGGGUCUGGAGGAGACGGUGGCCAAAGAGCUGCAGACGCUGAACAACCUUCGUAAAGUCUUCAUCCAGGAUAUCGGCACUCGAGUCAAGAAUAGUUCAGAGAACGACUGCGACGAGGCCGGUGGCAGUCUGGCUCAGAGACAGAGGAUCGUCUUCUUAGAAAAUAACCUGGAGCAGCUCAGCAAGGUCCACAAACAGCUGGUGCGGGACAAUGCUGACCUUCGCUGUGAGCUGCCCAAGCUGGAGAAGCGUCUGCGGGCCACAGUAGAGCGAGUAAAAGCUCUGGAAACCGCCCUGAGAGAUGCCAAGGAGUCAUCCGUGAGGGACCGCAAGCGCUACCAACAGGAAGUGGACCGCAUCAAAGAGGCUGUUCGCUCCAAGAACGUCUCCAGGAGAGGACACUCUGCACAGAUAGCCAAGCCAAUCAGAGCAGGACAUCAGUACCAUCAGCACCCAUCCUCCUCUCCACCCGUCAGACCGACCGUCCGAGGAGGGGGGGCAAUGUCCACUCCACGUCAUCACCUUCGACAGCAACCACCUCAACAACCACAGCAAACUCAACCCCAUCAGAGCCACAGCAAGUAAGCUAAAGGUAGCAAACGACUCCAGAUCAGUUUUCUGUGGAUCUUUGGAUUUCUGAACUAUCCUACGCUCACCACUCUGCCUUUACUGGAACCAGACUCCUCGUUUCUACUACUUUCCACCUUAACAGCCAUUCCACCUUAACAGCCAUUCCACCUUAACAGCCAACAAGUGCUUUCUUUCCUCCUCCGAGUCUAGCUGUCUGACUCUGUCUUUUCUUUUUCGAACAGAAAAUCAGUCAGCUCUGUCGUUCUGAGUCUGUCUGUCUGACCGGAUGAAUGCAGUCAGAGUUAAAUUUGUUAAAUAACGAGUUAAAUAACAAGUUUAAUAAGUUAACUUGGGUUAACUGGAUGUGUUUCUGUUCUCUGGCGAACAGACGUUGAUCAUGUGUUGUUAUGGAAAACCAAAAUGUUCAAAAAUUAAUGAAAAGUUAGGAAUGAUAAAAAUAUAAGUAUUGCGGGGAAAUCAAAAUGAUGAUAUACUGAGUCAACAUUUUGUCUUUUUAGUCCAAAAUUAUGGCACAGUCAACAUGUUUACUCAUUAACUUUUAUUGCACUGAAUUUAAUUCAAAUUUUUUAUUAAAUUUUGAGUCAAAAUUUAGACUGCGAUAAAAUUUUCACUUAGAAAUUGUCACGUAAUAUCUCAAUGUUUACUAAUAAAUCAUAAUUUUAUCUUGUGAAGUGAUAGUGUUGACCUAGUUUUUAAUUAAAAGUCAUAAUUUGGACAUAAGUCAUAAAUUUUGUACAGUCCCUUAUUAGACUGAUGUCAUUGUACUCGCUAUUGUUGUGCAGUUCACUUUAAUUUAUACAGCACUUUGGUCACAUCCUGUUGUUUUAAACGUGCUAUAUAAAUAAACUUGACUUGACCUCAUCAGUAUAAAAUCAGACUUCUGUGCUCAGCUCAGUAACACAUAUACAAUAUAUAUUAUAAUAAUAUUUCCUCCACAGUAUUUAUGUAUCAGUAACAGCUGUACCGAAUGAUUCAUGUAUGAAACGCAGUUAGUCUACUUUAUGUUUGAACUCCUGUGUUCUGAUGAAUGUUUACAUCAGUUUUUUAGUACGUUUUUUUUGUAAUGUGAUUAACACUUUACUCUGAUAAAAGAUAAAAAUAUUUUUUCCAUUGUGCACAGUUCAUCAUCUGAAAAUGUUUCCCACCAGGCAAAUAAAUACAUGAACGAUAGAAAUGAUAAUAAAAAUGAUCACGAACGACUCAUAAUUAUGUCCACUGGAAAUAAAAAUCUUGCGAUUUUAAGAGUAAAAUGUUGAGAAAAGUUGAAUUUUUUACAAAAAAACCUAAUAAUAUUAUGAGAUACAGUUAUAAUUAUGCAAUAAAAAGUCAUAAUAUAAGGAAUAAAGUUGAAAAAAGUGAAUAUUGGGAUUUUCUUUACAAAAUACAAUUAAACCUCAAAACUUUCCUGUAACAUUAUGAAUUCAUAUGUUAAUAUCAUGACUUUCCUUACUGAUAUAUAUAUAUAAUAUUAUCAUAAUAAUAAUAAUGCUGUGAUUUUUUAAUAUAAUUUAAUAUUUUGACUUUCCCAUCACACUGGCCUAAUACUCAUACAAUACAUAUAACAAGUUAAAUAUCAUAUUUUGACAAAUAAAACUAUAAAUACAAGGACAAAUAAAAGAGUAGUUAUGGUUAGUCAAAUUAUUUUGACUUGAGAUACAAUAUUAUAUAAAGGUUACUUAUCCUAUCAUGAUUCUUAAGCCGUAUAAUAUGAUAUAAAAUAUUUUUAUUAUUCCUAACGUUUCAUGAAUUUUUUUUUUUAUUGUCCUGGAGUAAAUGUUUUACCACACUGAUGUGUUUUUUAAAUAAUUAUUAUAUAUUACAGAGCUGUUUUUAUAGAUUUAAUUUAUGGAAUUUGUUCUUUUUACUUUGUUGUAUGGAAGCGUAUAGGGGACUAUAUUCAAAUGAUAACUUGUAAUUCCACAAUUGCAUUAUAAUUCUCCACAUAUGUAUGUGUUAUUUGAGUAAAAAUGAAAAUGCAAUAAUCCAAUUUUAAUUUUAAUACUCAUACUUGUAUGGGCGUUCUAUGACCAUAAUAAUAUUCAAAUG